GUCUUAGGUACUCCAACAAGGGAAGAAAUCAAAUGCAUGAACCCAAAUUAUACAGAGUUCAAAUUCCCACAGAUUAAAGCUCACCCAUGGCACAAGAUCUUUCAUAAAAGAAUGCCACCUGAGGCUGUUGAUCUUGUGUCUAGGCUUCUCCAGUACUCCCCAAACCUGCGGUGCACUGCUCUGGAUGCAUUAAUUCAUCCAUUUUUUGAUGAGCUUCGUGAUCCAAAUACCCGCCUACCAAAUGGCCGUUAUCUACCCCCUCUUUUUAAUUUCAAGCCUCAUGAGUUGAAGGGCGUGCCAAUGGAGAUUUUACUGAAGUUGAUUCCAGAGCAUGCGAGAAAGCAAUGUGCCUUCCUAGGAUUAUGAGUUGGUUCUUAGGAUGAUUACCUGAAAAUAGCCUGUGUAUCUGCCGUAGGAAAGAAACGCACGUCUUCUGAGAUGGGGAGUUGGUAGCAGACUAGCAGUUGUGGUCAGAUGAUGACAUGUAGCUAUCUUCUGUGUUUUUCCCUCGCUCCCAUGUUCUGUGAAGCAGACUGAGAAGCUUUUGCUACUCCCGAAACCUUGAUGGGUCGCUUGCUAACCCUUGGUUUCCAUCAUCCAUCCAACAGAUUUGUAACAUUAUAUAGAGUAGAAAGAUUGCUGUUGUUUAGUUGAUUUGUUCUAAAUGUGGAUCCAAAUGCUGUUUCCAGGUUUCAAUAUGAUGUUGUCAUGUUAUAUCAGUUAGAGAAAACAUCGUUGCCUUUUUGCUGGCUGUAUCUUGGAUCAAUCGAAUCUCUAUUCUCAGACUGAUUUGAUUAGCUGGGAUUGUGAACCAA